AGGCCAACCAGAGGCCAUAUUGGAAUCUAGUCGGCUUACACUUGGAUGGCACUGAGUGUCUGCCGUUCUGGUAGUCUCUAAAAAUCAUCUUCCAAACUUAUAUCGGAGUAUUCUUACACGACAUUCCCCUCAAGAGCCUGCCAGUUCUGAAAGGCACGUUGUCUCCGUGUUGUUGUGGAAAGAAUGAGUCCAACCGAUGCUAAACGAGGAGCUAAACGUAGGAAGAACAAGCGGGGCGGUGGCAGUAGCUGCAGUACUGUCUGCAACAGCAGCAGUGGCAAGGCCGGGGUUGUCUCGGCCCUAUGUUCUCAAGGAACGACAACACCUGUCCCUGCAGUAAGUUUUUUGACAUCCGAUUGCAGUGGAAAUGGGAAUAUAGCGUCAAUGGCUGGUCUGAAUGGAGAGGUUCCAAUGAACAAUAGUCUCACACCACAGUUCACAGAGGGGCCAGUCAAUGCUGACUUCUCAGGAGUCCUUCAGACCCCGUUCACCUUCGGUCUGAACCAGCGGGCACCCUACACGUCCGGUGACCGAUGCCUCUUGUGCCGCUGUGAACGCAAAGAAAGUGUCUUACAGUCUGAGACGGAGGGCUGCGGCCAGAAUGGCAGUGACCAGCCCACAAAGAACCCCAGUGCCCUACAGCUGCCCCUGUGGGUCUGUCCUGACUGCAGGCGCACGGUGGAGAAGGAGGACCGACAAACCGCUCUGGAGCAAUCGCUUGGGAGUCAGGACUUCCUUUUACACAUGCCUGUGGGUAACGGAGGCCUGGUGCAGGAGCCCGCCCCCGCGGACAGACUGACCACUGCAGCGCCCGCCCUACCCAUGCUCCCGGCCCCCGACCUCACCACGCCAAUGACGGCAGACACUGUGUGCAGCUGUGAAGCCUGCAACGAAAGACGGGAGAUCUCGGCCGAGUCGGAGAGGGAGUCCCAGCAGCUGCAGAACCACUGGUCGGAGGUGAGGUACCUGGUGCGCUGCAUCUACCGGCAGACGGGAACCCCUCUGGGAGAGGACCACGACCAGCCGAUGGACAGAGACAAGGAGGGCAUGAAGGAGCUUGUGGAUAGGCUGUGUGAGAAGGACCCCUACCAGCUGUACCAGCGGCUGGAGCAGCAGGCCCGCGAGUACGUCCUGGAGAUGAAGGUGCGGCUGCUGAAGCACCUGUCUGCUGGCUCCAAGGCCGGGGCCGCGGUGGUGGGGUCCGGGGCAGCAGCAGCAGCCCAGGGCCCGCCCCAGGCCCACCAGUUUGUCUCCCUGCUCCUGGACGAGUACAAUGCUCUCUGCCAGGCCGCACGCAGUAUCAGCAGCUUCCUGCUCACUCUGGAGAAUGAACACCUCCAGAAGUUCCAGGUGACGUGGGAGCUGCACAACAAGCACCUUUUUGAGAACCUGGUGUUCUCUGAGCCAAUCUUGCACAGCAGUUUACCUGCACUGGUUGCACAGCUGAAGCUGUGUACACACCAGCUUCCUGAUUGUGCCCCGUGUCUCGGCCCCGUCUCUGCUCCCAGACAGGGCUCGUCCUCUCAUGACUCAUACAGCGAGGACAUGUACGGCGCCCUGCUGGAGAGCUACCAGCAGCUGCAGCAGGACAUGGCCGCGGUGGCAGCCAAGUGGCAGCAGUGCGAGAGGAGGAUCGAUGACUAUGUGGACGAGCAGCUGCUUUUUAAGGUGGAGGGUCAGAAUCUAACCAAUCAACGAACAGAGCCACACAAGUCUUUGAUUAGUAAAAACACACUGAAAACAAAACAGCAGAUGCUUAAAGAAGAUUGGGAGUUUUUUAAGCAAAGAAGAUUCAUAGAAGAGCAGUUAACGAACAGUAAAAAGUCCACUCCGGGGGAUAACUUCGAAGACACGAUGAGGAUGCUCUCCUCUCGGCUCAGCAUCCCAGAUUGUCCAAACUGCAAUUACCGAAGAAGGUGCACCUGUGACGACUGUAGCCUCUCCCACAUCCUCACCUGCGGCAUCAUGGACUCCCCGAUGGCCGAGGACCUCCACAUCAAGCUGCCCAUACACGGGGAGCCGCCCCGGGGCUACCUGGCCGAGGUGCACCCCCCCAGCCUGUCCUCCGGUAGCUCGGCCUCGGGCUCCAACUCCAGCUCCCCGGUCACCAUCCAGCAGCACCCCCGCCUCAUGCUGCCCCAGGGAGACACGCACAACUUCAUCAGCGACGACGACGAAGGCCCGCCCAUGUCCACCAAGUUCGGGGACGUGUACGCCAUGGGUGCCUACGAGGACCACAGCGUCGUCACGGGCGCCGUGAACGGCCUGCACGCCGACCUGAACGGGGGAGGGGAGAGCGCAGAGCUGAAGGGUCUGAGCAGCAGCAGCAGCUCCUCGGAGGGCGAGGAGGAGGAAGAGGAGGAGGCUGACGGAGGGGGCGCCGGGGAGCCACCCGGGCGUCCAAUGGACCACCCCUCUGGGACGGGCAACAGCCCCCCUCCCUCCUACAACCACCAGCUGGUAGAGCAGGCCCAGCACGCCUGCCAGUGCCACGUCUGCAGCCAGGAGCCCGGCUCCACCUCCUCCUCCUCCUCCGCCCUGCACUCCAGCCGCCUCCAGACCCCCGCCCCCCCGCCCGCGUUCGGACAGCAGUUCUUCACGGACACCAAGGCCCCCUCCGCCCACCCCGCGCUCCACCUCUACCCGCACAUCCACGGCCACCUGCCCCUGCACAACCUGUCCCACCUGCCCCGGCCGCUGCUCCACCCCACCCUCUACCCCCCCAGCUCGCCCCUCACACACAACAAGCCCCUCCCUCCGGCCCCCUCAUCGAACCACUCUGCGGCCAAGCAGCCGGCCUUCAGCCCCUCCCUCCCGGACCACGUCUACCAGAACUGCUUCGGUGCGGCGGGGGGCGGCACCGGGGACUGGAACAGCUCGCUGCAGUGCCUCUCGCUCAAAUUCGAGAACCUGUGGGACGCCGCAGUGAUGAAGAGCCUCAACACCUCCAUGCUGCUACCAGAGUCCCUUCCCAGUGACAUGCUCAGGCCCCCCCUCCCCGACGUGCCCCUCCCCCAGCCCACCUACAUCGGCGCCCACCGGGACGGCCUCUCGCUGGCCGCUCCUCUGCCUCCUCCCUCCUGCUCCUCCUCCUCCUCGUCCUCCUCCUGCUCCACCUCCUCCAUGAUGGAGGCCAUGGAGCAGAAGAAGAGCGGCGCCAAGAAGAAGUGUCUGUACAACUUCCAGGACGCCUUCCUGGAGUCGCACCGCGUGGCCAUGGCCACCUCGGGCGCCACGGCCUCCGUGUCCUGCACCGCCACCACUGUGCAGUCAAGUAAUAACCCCACCCUCCACCUCUCAUCCAAAAGACCCAACUCUUUAGACGACGUGUUCCACAGUCUAGGCAAAGAGGACCACCGGCUACCCAGCCCGGUCGCCCCCAGGAACAGCCCCACGGGCCUGGCCUCCCUCCCCCUGCUCUCAGGUCCCAGCCUGCCCACGGCGCCCAACGCCCACCUGCCCGCCAUGGGCUCGCAGCCCUUCCCGAGGAUGCCCACCCCCGCCCCCGGGUUCCUGGAGGCCCACCACCAGGGCCUGUGCCUCUCGCCCGCCGAGCCCCCCGCCCCCUCCAUCGACGGCCCCGUCAGUGCUCCACCCAGCGUGUGCAGUGAUCCGGACUGCGAGGGCCAUCGCUGCGAGGGCAACGGGGCCUACGAGCACCAGCCCUACGACGGGGAGGAGAGCCAGGACGAGGACAGCUGCUCGGAGCACAGCUCCUCCACCUCCACCUCCACCAAUCAGAAGGAGGGAAAGUACUGUGACUGCUGCUACUGCGAGUUCUUUGGUCACGGAGGGCCCCCGGCGGCGCCCACCAGCCGUAACUACGCCGAGAUGCGGGAGAAGCUGCGCCUGCGCCUCACCAAGCGGAAGGAGGAGCAGCCCAAGCGGGAGGAGCAGCAGCCGGUGGUGGAGCGAGACGGGGGCGUGGAGGACCACCGGCGCGUGGAGGACCUGCUGCAGUUCAUCAACAGCGCCGACAGCAAGCCCACCUCCAGCUCCAAGGCGGCCAAGAGGGCCCGGCACAAACAGAAGAAGCUGGAGGAGAAGGCCCGGCAGGAGGUGGAGGCCCGCGAGCGCGAGGAGCAGCUCCUGGAGGACGAGCGGCGGCGGCGGCAGCAGCAGGACGAGGAGGAGGCGGAGCUCCAGCGAGAGCUCCUCCGGCUGCAGGAGCUGCAGCACCUGCGCGCCGCCAAGAAGAAGCGGCGGGAGCGCGCCAAGGAGAACACGGCGCCGCCGCAGAACAGCCCGCAGCCCCUGAGGCAGGCGGCGCAGAACGUCCUGGAGAACCUCCACAACGGCAAGUCGCAGCUCCUCCACGGCCUCAUCCGCCUGCCCGGCCACAAGGAGGCCACGCCCCCGCCGCCGCCGCCGCCGCAGCCGCAGCUCCACAAGCAGCACAUCCCAAAGAGCCCCCGGGAGAAGGCCACGCCUCCGGCCCCAGGCUCCCUGCCCUCCCUGCCCGCCUCCCCGCUCCUCAACGGCACCGCGCCGGCGUCGCACCCGGAGCUCCGCGGCAAGGCCCAGGUCCGCUCGGCCUCCCGGACGGCGUGCUGCGAGGCGGCGGUCCGGAAGGCGCCGGAGAAGCCCCGGGGCUGUGACGCGGCCGGGCCGCUGACCAACGGCACCGCGCCCGCCACCUCCGCCGCCGCGCCCCACACCAAAGCAACGCAACCCAGGGCCGCCGCGGAGGCCCUGACCCCCCUCCCCGCCGCGGCCCAGCCCGGAAGAGAGGACCCGCAGCAGCUCCACCACCAACACCAUCACCUCCUCCACCACCACCACCGGGUCGGCAGCGGGAAGAGGCAGCACCAGAGCCACGCCCCCCCGGCGCCGCCUCCUCCUCCACCCCCUCCCCCUCCUCAUCAGCCCCAUUACCCCCAGGUGAGGGAGGAGAGAAGGAGCCCACCUGUGUUGAACCACCGCCACCACUCAUCCUCCUCCUCAUCGUCACCCCCGCUGCCGCCGCCGCCGCCGGCCGGCCAAUCGGAGCACCCCCAGCAGAACGGCAAGCCCCCCAAGGCGGAGUCGCCGCAGCCCAAAGGCAAGGCCAAGAAGAACAAGAAGAAGAAGGGGGACAAGAUGAACAGCUCCAUUGACGACGUAUUCCUGCCAAAAGACAUCGAUCUGGAUAGCACUGAAAUGGAUGAGACUGAGAGAGAGGUUGAGUAUUUCAAAAGGUUCUGCUUGGACUCUGCCCGUCAGACCCGCCAACGGCUGUCAAUCAACUGGUCCAACUUUAGUCUAAAGAAAGCAACGUUCGCCGCACACUGAGGACGUCUGUGAGUGACUUAUGGCUGUGUGACGUUAUCAGCCCCCCCCCCCAUGGCCGGGCUCGCAACCCCAACCCCCACCUCUUGUACCCCCAGACACCACACCCCACACCAUUCUGGCCCAUCCGUCGUGCCCCGCCCUUCUUUUCUGCUGUGCCCAAAUCACACACACCCACGCUGCCUUGCUUUGCUCCCGCCGCUGCUUCGUGGGCCAGCCACACCCUCCAUCGGAUUGAUCUUGAAAAGAAAAAAAAAUACACAAAAAUUAUGCGAUAAGAAAACGAUUAUUAUCGACACACAAAAAAAAACAUGAAAAAUCUGCUACCUUCUGAUGAAUUUUCCUUGCGUGCUUGUGUGCUUUUCAGUCCAAAUAGGGGGUCGGUGUCUCUCUCUCUUGCUCUCUAUCUCUCUCUCUCUCUCUCUCUCUCUCUCUCUCUCUCUCUCUCUUGACCGAAAAGCCAUGUUCUGAAAGUUAUCGUUUCUGACAUUGGCUGAUCUGUAGUCAAAAGUGCUAAAUAUGUUUGGAUGGAAUCCUUCCAAAAUAAAAGAGACACAGACACAUUGUUGUAAUAAUUAAAAAUAUGAAUAUAUAUAUAUAUAUAUAUAUAUAUAUAUAUAUAUAUAUAUAUAUAUAUAUAUAUAUAUAUAUAUAUAUAUAUAUAUUAAAAUGAUACUUGAUUUGUUGUGGCUCACUACCCUAUUGUUUCCAAAUGUUUCUAGCAUGGCAUCUCCUUUGACAAGGGAAUGGGCUGGUUCGCUGGUCUCCUCUACCUGCCUCCCAGCCAGCUUAACUUAAGAGAGAGGUGGAAGACUCAAUACUUGACUGUUUUUUUUUUUUUCUUGGUUCACUUGACAAACUGUUCAGUUAAUGUACCAGUUACAAAAAUGAUUUAAAUUUUUAUUUGUUUUGUUUUAUUUGUUUUUGGAUUAUUAUUAUUAUAUUGUUAUUAUUAUUAUAGCCAGCUUGUAUCAGAAUACUUUCAGAAUGGAAUUCACGCUAUCAAUCUGUUAUAGAGUGUAUAUUGUAUUAACACUGAGGCCAGACUGGCUACCUUUUAACAUAUUGUUAAGUAAUAUUAAAUCUUGUCUUUCUUUUUUGAAAGAUGGAAUACAAGUAGUAUAGCAGGA